AUGAAGAGGGAAAUUCAUGGGUGCGCAACUUGCGCAUCGGUCUUCGGAAAUGCAUCAGAUCCCAUGUCUGAGAAACCACUACUGCCUGGCCGCCACCUGACAUGCUGCGGUCGAUCAAUAUGCGCGCGAUGUCUAAACCAGAACAGGAGAUACGAAACAUACUGUCCCUAUUGCCAAAUCGCAACAGAGCCUUCGCCCCUGCCUCAAGGCCUUAGAGAUCCGCCGGCAUAUUCGACGCUUGAUAAUCGAUUCCCCCCACCACCAAUGCUCAACGCUGACGAGCUUCCGGCAUAUUCAGAACAUCAGGCCGUUCAGCCGCGACCUGAAAAGUCACAGCCUGCAGAGGAUGUCUUGCAUUUCGUGAGGCCGGAAGAUAACAUGCUGUCAUUGGCAUUGGCUUAUGGAGUUCCCAUCAACGUCCUGAGAAAGACGAACAAUAUCUAUUCUGACCAUCUCCUGAAAGCGAGGAAGACGAUCCUGAUACCCGGGGAGUAUUAUAAAGGAGGGGUGUCGCUCUCAGCACGGCCGAUCGAGGGUGAAGAGGAGGAGACCCGAAAGAACAAAUUGAGGAGGUUCCAGGUGGCGACUAAGGUUGCGGAAUAUGAUGUUGCCGAGCUAUAUCUCAAGAACUCAGACUGGAUUCUAGAGGCUGCGAUAGAAGCUUUCAAGGAGGAUGAGCUGUGGGAGAAGCAGAAUCCAUUGCAAGCGAGCAGCAAGGGAAAGAAGGGCAAAAAUGUUCAGACUGUCGGCAUGAGGAGAUUUGUUGGGAGUUCCAGAUGA